AGGAACAGGAGAAUAUUAUUGUGAAGCAGUUCAAUUCAAUUCAGUAGUCGAGGUCAAAGUCACCGCCAUGGAUACGACAGAGGAUUUUUCUUCCCUGACCGUCGCUGUCCUUCGCGAACGCUUGAGUGAGCUUGGCUGGUCGACCCGUGGGUUGAAGAAGGAUUUGGUGGAGAGAUUGAAGGAUGUGCUUAAGGAACAGGAGAAUAUUGUUGUGAAGGAGGAGCCAGUGGAAGAGCUGCCAAUGGUGGAGGAGCGGAGUGCGGAUGCAUACAUUCAGGAGAAGAUACCUGAGCCUCAAAAUCGACAUGAGCAGGAACAAUUUCAUCUUCACCCUCAGCAUAUGGAACCGACUCCGGAAAUGCCGCACCCAGGAGUCAACACCCUUCCGGCACCUGUUGAGCUCACCCCCAACAAUCCUGUCAAGGUUCUGAUCGAAACUCUCCAAAAUCCAGAAGCAGAGUACCAUAGGGAUCUCGUCACAGCCCUACGCCAAGUGCUUUCUGUCCAAGAAACAGGGAUGAAUGCGCCGCUUUUGGACGCGAGCACUGUCAUCGCGUCGAAGAAAGAGAGGAAGGAGGUGGCGAUUGAUCCGAAGACUGGGCAUAUCUUGAUAUCCAGAUUCAAGAGGAGUGAGAAGACAUUGGAUAAGUUUGAGAGACUGAGUGAGGAGGUUAAAGACGACGUUAAGACUGGUGCGAUGGUGGUUAACGAUGCGGGGAGUACCGGGACGUUCGAUGCGUCGAAGGAUCAGAUUGCCUUCGCCAGCAAGGUCGCCGCUGCAUCUCAAGUCUCGGUUACGGAAAGGAACAACAAGAUUUUGACGAUGGACAUCCUGGGCGAGACAGAAAUAUCUGCACCAGCUGCCGUUACCGCACCGACACAAACGACUCGACGCAGUGCCAGACCCCGAAAAGUCGUUUCGGACGAUACGACUCAGGAUAUCGACAUGGACAAGGAGAACAGCAUCUGCAAACUGACAGAAGCAGAUUUCGAAAAUGUCACUCAGAAGAUCGAGAAGCUGCGCAUCACGGCUCCUGCACCUGUCCCCAUCGCCACGCGCCGUACGCGCAAGAAAGCAGUGCUUGACGAUGGGGUAGGGAACAUCAUCUCCGCUUCCAGUGUUAAACAGGAGAAACCUGUUUCUCAACAGAAACCCGGUGUGGUCAUUAAAGAAGAGCCAGUGGACGAAUUCCCAGCUCCAUUCGCCAGAAGCAGAGCUCGGACUAUAAGAUCAGGAGAUGCGAGGAGGAAUGAGGAGGACGAUUAUACGGGGAUAAACGGCAAGGAAACGGAUGCGGUCGAUGGGGUGAAGGUCAAGCAGGAGGUUGUCGAGAAAGCUUCUGUAAGGGAAAGGACGGUACGGGAGACGAGAUCCAGGAGCACGAGGAAUCAGUGAUGGAGUCGAUAGGUCUAGGGAC